AUGGCUUUCGGAGCAGGAAUUUCGGGCAUCAUCGCUGCUCAACGUCACCUUGAUGCCCACCCAGACUGCUGCUUGGCUCUGUUAGUGGUGUUUUUAGCAAGCAUAAGAAGAGUCUAUAGCGAUUCUUGGGCGCAAUGGUCAAUAGGACUUGCAGAAUUCUCACAUUUCUCUGUGAAACAACCUCUGGAAAAAGAUUUGAGAAAUAACAGCUUGAAGGCCGAGUAUACCACAGAGUAUUUGGAGCAAUAUGCCAAUCAAGAAACUCAUGCUAGGCGUUCCCUGUGUAAUAUUCAUUCUGGUGUUCAUAUUGAAUUCAUUACAAAACCCUGUGGUAGCAGAAUCCGUAGUUAA